AUGUGCGUACGAUUCAUUCUACUCAACAGUUUACCAACGAUUCUCAAUCCAGAAGACGAACUUCCCCAUGUGGUUCGUUGCGAAAAUAUUGAACAAGUACCAGUACUUCUCAACAGUAGUUCAGAAUGUCAUAAAAUUUUAGUGUGCCGACCCAAACGUCUUGAAUCAUUACCAGGCUAUUUAACUGAUAUAUCGCUUCAUCAAGUUUUCGUUCAUGAUACUUUUACUGACACACAAGGUGUAGCAACCGAAAUUGAAGCCUACGAGGAUGAACAAAGAAUUCAUGACCUUCUAUUCUUAGCAACAAUCGCCUAUUGUGACAAUCUACGCAAACGGUACAAUCAAAGGAACGAGCAUGGGCUUGUGAACCUGUUACUUAACGAAAUCGAUCGACUACUUGAGCGCUUAAAAGCACCUAAAAAAAAACUAUUCAAAGUAAAUUAUUGA